UUCAAUUGUUUUGGCGUAAAAUUCGCUCUGCAAUAUCAGUAGGUCACGCGAGAUGCCUACUUGCAACGCAGCUGGUUUAUUUGUUGGAAUUUUGGUCGGUAUAGCCUUGGGUUAUGCAAUUUGGGAAUGUGUGCAUGCCUUCUUUCCAACGGCGCGAGGUACGACUGACUUGCGCGUAAGGGUACUACAAAUGUCAUUGCAACCACCACCUGGAGAUUAUGAGGAAGUUACACAAUUAAUAGAUCUAUAUAAUUUCUCGUACAUCAUGAAUCAACACAAUUGUACCGCAAAUGUCCAUGCACUGGUUCUUGUACCUUCAGCGCCGGUAAAUCGUGAUAGACGAAAGUUAAUACGACAAACGUGGGCCAACUUCAUUGAAUUACCGCUGCACAAGAAUAGUAUACCAUUUCGAGUGAUCUUUCUGUUGGGUCUACCCGAUACGGAUGAAAUGCAAGCCGAAUUGGAACGUGAAAAUUUCGAAUACAAUGAUAUGGUACAGGGUUCAUUCUUCGACACCUAUGCAAAUAUUACAUACAAACAUGUGAUGGGGAUGAGAUGGUUUCUCGCGUACUGCAGUCAUUCGAAAAUUCUGAUAAAAGUGGAUGAUGAUGUUUUUCUGAAUACACCGCAAUUGAUGAUUUACCUGCACAACACUAUGUUGCACAAUGAGUUGUCUCUAUCGCCCACCGCAAGCACCAGCACCACCACCCAUAAUCCUAGUUCUGCUAGCAAUGCCACUAAAUCGCCAAGAUAGCUUUUUAGACGCCAACGUGAUUAGUUGUUUUGCAAUCGUAAGACGGGCGUACGUGUUCAUCGCAGUUAUCGUCUUAAGUGGCGUGUCACUUAUAGCGAUUAUCCCAAAUCUGAAUUCCCUCCAUAUUGCCCGGGUUAUGGUAUCAUUUAUUCACCAGAUGUUGUACAACGCUUAUAUAAUGCAGCGCAGAAAGCCAAAUUCUUUUGGAUCGAUGAUAUUCAUAUAACUGGAUUUCUAGCUGGCAAACUAAAUAUAAGCAUCGUUCCAGCGCAGAGUUAUACGGUGGUUUGUACGUCUGGCCGACCAACGUGCGAUGAAUUACUUGAUAGCUCGACAAACAUCAAUGAGCUUGAAUUCUUCAUCACAAAGGAUGCGAACGUCAGCAGCAGCUGGCUGUGUAGCAUCAUCAGCAACAGUAACGGCAUCAUCAACGAGUUGCUUUGGCAACGCUGA